AUGAAACUAAGACCGAACUCGACGGUCCAAGAGCUUGUGGAUGCUUUCAAAGUUGCAAGACCAGCGGUUCUACACUUUGGACAAAAUGUUGAAGCUACUAGAGAUACCAUUGGGAAGACUCAGAAAAGGAAGAUAGACGACACGGACAUGGAAGAGGGUGAAGAUGAGGACGAGGAGUACGUGGAUCACAGUCUUCGACGAAGGGAAGUUAGGUGGAGGAAUCGAAGGCGUUCGAUAUCGGAUGGAGAGAACAAUGACCACUUUGUCUACGAUGGAAGGGAUGAUGGCUUUCAGCCAGAGGACGGCUUGACUGCAUGUCCCAUCUGCGGGGCGAGAAUGAAGGAGGAAGCAGUCUAUCCUCACUUAGAUGUACACAACAAUUCAGCAUCAAAAACAUCACCAGCAAGGCAGUCAGCUCCUCGUCUCAACGUGAUUGCAAAUUCUCGUCGACCUGCAAAGGCUAUGGAGCGUCUUCCUCAACUGAACUACUCCUUGCUCAAAGAUAACGCAUUGCGGAAAAAGCUCUCUGAACUCGGCAUACCCAAUGGAGGUCCUAAAGAUCUGCUCAUACGGAGACAUACGGAAUGGGUCAACCUCGUGAAUGCAAACUGCGAUUCGUCAAAACCGAAGACGAAGCGUGAGCUAGUUCAAGAACUGGAAGCUUGGGACAGAACUCAGGGCCGUCAGAUCUUGGGUAAUUGUAACGGGACAGGCAGUGCUUCUUCCGUGAUGAGCAAAACUUUUGACGGGGCAGCAUGGGCCAGUAAUCAUGGUAAUAAUUUUCAAGCAUUGAUCGCUCAAGCCCGCCGGAAGGUGAACGCUAAGGUCGAAUCCACCAGCAGCACUAACGGCACUCCCAAUCCGGUGCUUGAUCGACGUACUGACGACGGAUGUUUGGCUACAAGCGCGAAUCGCAACUCAGCAGAAAGCGUGGAUCAGUUGCACGAUAUCCAAUCACCAAGAAAUCUAGCGGACUUAGAUGUAGGUGAUUGA